CCUCAGCCCCACCCUCAGCUCAUCAAAGUAGCCGAAGUCUCGCAGCUGUGGAUCUACCCCGUCAAGUCGUGCCGAGGGGCAGCCCUGACCCUGGCGGAGUGCAGCCAACUGGGCCUCGGGAGCGGACCUCUGAAGGACAGGCACUGGAUUAUAGUGGAUGAAGCUUGUCAUAUGAUUACUGGCAGAGUGCAGCCCAGUUUGGUGCUUGUCUCUGUGUCCAAGAAGAAUGAUGAUCUCUGCCUUAAUGCCACAGGAAUGCAAGAACUGAGGAUCCCUUUUGAACUACCCAAGUCAAAUCCUGUCAAGAUGCUCAGAGUUUUUCAAACUGAUAUAGAAGGGCGAGACUGCGGGGACAAAGCUGCUGAUUGGAUAACUACUUACUUAAAGAAUACCCAGCCAUUUCGACUGAUGUCCUAUGAACCCACAAUGAAACCAAGACGUUCAAAGAAUAAUGCUCCAGUCUUCAGGGACAGUGAUCAGAUUGCCUAUAGUGACCUUAGUGCCUGCAUGCUGCUGUCUGAAGCAUCUGUGGAAGAUCUUAACACCAGGCUGGAAAAAAAGGUUAAGGUGGAAAAUUUCAGGCCUGUCAUUGUAGUGAAGGACUGCGAGCCAUACAAAGAGGAGACAUGGACUGCUAUACAGAUUGGGAAUGUGAAAUUCUCUCGCGUGAUGGGUUGUACCAGAUGCAUUUUCACAACAGUGGAUCCGGACACAGGAAUCAUCAGCAGGAAGGAGCCUCUACAGACACUUAAGAGCUACCGCCAGUGCGAUCCUUCUGAGAAACACAUUUAUAAGUCUGAUGCUUUGUUCGGAGUCCACUUCAGGAUUGACGAAACUGGGGUGAUUCAGGUUGGAGACCCCGUGUACAAGAUUUGUUGAGAUGCGAUGGACGGCACCGAGCGAAGGAGUGCUCCUGCUCUUUCGGGUGUUCAAAACGUAAUGGCUUCAUCUUCAGCCGCAGUCUGAUUACUGCCCUGUUUAAUCGUCGGUAAAAUAAGCAAAUUCAUUAUUUCAAAAGAUUGCGGCAUCCGCCAAGUGCCUUGAUCAAAGAAGUUAGGUGGAGGGGGAGAAAUUCUACCUGGAUCAAGAUCGACUCUUAUUUUCUUAGCAUUUCAGAGGAUGCAAAAUUAGUCAAAUUCUUAAAUACAGAGUGGAUUUUGAAGUGGACUUCCUGUUUGUUCUUUCAAGCCGUGUGCAUUAAAAUCCAGCGGCUGCGGAACGGAGGAAAUCAUCUACGGUUAUAAAAAGAACUGAAAAUAGCUGACACUGUGGUAUCAAGAUUGUGAAAAGCUUAAAAAAAAAGAGGAAACUCACUUCGUACCAGAUACUGUAUUUAUUAUUGUUGCCGAGUUAAGCUCUCUUUGAAGGGAACAAAAACUUUCCGUGAUCAAAAUUGAUGGCUGGUUUAGUACGUUGAGCUGUAAGAAACCAUGAUUGUGAUUUAAGGCGCUACAAGUCUCGUCUUUUUCUCACUUUAACUCUCCAGUCACCUGUAUGGACAGUCUGCUUCGUUCUGCCCCUGCGAUUCACAGGAAAUCUGAGCUUCCAAUGCUUUUUUUUUUACACACACACAGAGGAUGAAUGGCAGCUGCUAACAGGUGAUUUAUCCACACUUUCUGUUCUGAAAGUCUGCUCCCUGAUUGUACAGUGCAUUGCCUGUCCUUUACCUAAAUAUAAUAUUAAUAAUGAUCAUAAAUGAUCCUUGCAUUUGAUAUAGCGCCUUUUCACUUCUUCGAGACGUCUCGAAACGCUUCACAGAAGAUAGUGAAUAGACUAUAUUUUGUGGGUGAAACCCGGCAGCCAAUUGCGCACAGCAGCGUCCCCCAAACAGUCGUGGAUUGAAGUGACCAAAUUAUUAUUAUUUUUUUUUAAAAAAUUUGAAAAUGACACGGCGUGUGCUGACUCCUGAAAGUCAAUUAAUCCCGGGAGUUUAUUUCUUCCUUGACCUACUGCUGGUCGUCGUUUGCGGGGAGAAAUAAACUACUUGUGAAGUCGGAAUUACGUGAAGCACUCAGCCUUCCAUCUACUGGGUGGUGCCAACGAAAGCAAGUGCGAGUGUUUCUGGCUUUAACUAUUUGCUGCCGUGCUUUAUUUUUAUAUCAAGGGCUGUACGUAUCGCCACAACAUUUUUGAUACAGUCUGUGUAUGAGGCAGAUGACGUGCUGAUAGCUUUUUUCUUAAUCCGAUUUUGAAAUAAAAGCUGCACAUGACAACAAAAGUAAAGCCAGGAAAGGAAUUAACCUCUUGUACUGUGCGAUAAAGGUUUUUUUUUGUAAAGGGUAGUAGAGUUGUGUCUACGUCAAUCACCUCUGGGAAAAGGAACCCGUCCCACUCAGUGCCAACCUCAGUCACUCGAGGUCCAUUCAUGGAUGCAACAAACUGACCUCCAAUCUCUUUCAACCUCAAAGAACAUCCUUUAUUGCUGUAAUGUGAAGCCACUGAAGGUGAUCAACAGCUGGACUAGGAUUUGGCAGGGAGGGGUGUUGAGUCCAGAAUGAUGCACUAUAUUUAACAACUUGUAGCUGGGAUGAUGGUGGAAGAGACCAAUUUGGCUGAAGGAUCUUGUUCUUGUCCCAAAUCUCUCCCUUGAUCAAUGAAACAUCCCAUCCUAGUGGGUGCAACCACACAGUAUAAAACUCUCCAAAAAUUCAGCUUAAACUGAAUUCACAGCUGACUAAAAAAGAGAGACUGUCAUCCCAUCAGUCUUGGGUGCAAUUCAAACCUGGGACCCAUGUUGAAUGGGUGAUGGGGUGCGCACUUCACCAUCUGCUUCACGGCCUUAAAAAAAAUCCUUUAAAGGAAGCACCCAGCCAUAAAAGGCUAGGCUCCUACCACGCAACUUCUCCCGCAAGGAACGCUUUGGACCAACCGGCCUGGGAGCCAAGCCAGACUUGUCCGACCCUGGGAAGCUUGUCGCUGGUUGAGUUUGCAGCAGCACCCAACUGGUAAUGUGUUUUUCUUAGGGGGUCAGAUGGCUCUGGGUCAGGCCCCAUGCCAGUGCAAAGUGCAGCAAAUUUUCCAGUGAACACAUGUGGUUCGUUCCAUAACUAACCUCACCAAAGUGCCUGAGAGAGGGGAGGAAAGAGACCCAAAAUGGUGAUUCUCAGUGAGGAAGCAUAUUUGACAAUGUUUGAGUGCUAUUUUGAUAUAGCAAUGGGGGUGUGUGUGGGGGUGGGGGCAGAAUGUGCCCCUUAACCGAUAAUCCUUGCAUUUGAUAUACAUUGUAAUGUGUAGGCUACUUCACGAGUAAUUGCUGUCAAGUAUAGUGAAUGCGCAUUUGUAAAGGCAAGGAUCUCAGUACAACUUUUGGCAUGUGGCCUUGUGAUUUCUGCUAAGUAUUAUUGACCAAAUAAAGCGAACAAACAUCUGUCGAAGAAA